CUGACCGAGGGAGGGACGGAGAGAGAGGGGGAGAGUAUGUGAGUGAUACUGAGAAGAGGAGUGAGCCUAUAACUCACACUCUCACACACACAGACCGAUGGAGGGAUCUAUGUAGCAGCAGCGGAGGCAGCAGCAGUGUGGUGUGGGACAGAGGGGAUUGUUGUUGUUGCUUGGCUGAGCUGGGACCUGUCCUGUCUGAUGGAGAGCAGAAGGAUGCAGCAUAGUGAGCCUAUUCUUAAGUAUGUGGCGUUGAGGUGAAAGAAGUGUUCGUUGGGAAUCAUGUGACUUCAUAGAGAAUAUUAUACUAUAGGGUCUCCAUCGUGGCUUCUGUGAUGUGGACCUCUCUCCUCCUCUCCCUUGCUCCUCUCCUCCAUCUUCAAGCCUUUACCUUGGCCCCAGAGGGCGCCACAAAGGCACCAUCACACCCACAUACAGACACACAGAUCGAUGACCCAGUACUGGCCUCACACAGCACUGUAUGGCCCUCCUGGGCUCCUGUUGUCCCCACCGCUGGAGCCAGAAUGGCCGACUCUCUGGACUCGUUUCCAGGGCUGAAAGACCCCACAUUGGCACCCGAGGAAACUGAGAAAAAGGACAACAAAGACGAGUUUCGGGGAACUAUCAGUGACUACACAGAGACCCAAGGCUUUAAUCCACUCACUAGACCUACAUCACCAGCCACAGUGAAUGCACAGCUAGGGUCUACAACUGACUCGGACCAACACCAACCCAGAGCCCAGGCCACAAACAGAGAGUUGUUAGCUCUGGACUUCUCAGCCACUCACCAGAGAGACAUACUGGAGGGAGAUAUCAUGGUGGAAGGGAUUGGAGACGAGUUACAGGACUUCACAGAGGAAACAGGAACAGACACAAGUGUGUUUCCAGAGGAGGGGUGGCCAAAGUCGGCCACCAAUGAGUCGGCUCUCGUCGACUGCAGCCUUGACACCAGAACCACACCUUGCAACACAACUGAUCAAUCCUGGAGCCCCUUUUACCCCGAUGACAUCAUCUCCAAUCAAUCCCAGCGCCCCUUUCUGUCUCUAACCCCUCCUCUCUUUGUACCUCUGUAUUCUGAUUGGAACUCAGCUCUGGCCACCUGGGGCUUUGCCUGGGAGGCCCACAUCUACGGUCUGGGAUCUGUGUUCACUGCAUUAGGUCUGAUAUCUGUACUCUGCCUGUUAGGUUUGCCCCUGCGCUGCCCCCCAGGAAGCCCCUACUUUACCCUGCUGCACCUGUUCCUCCUGGCCAUCGGAGGCACUAGAGCAUUCUCUCUCCUGUAUGAUGCUUAUAGUCACCAGGACCACCUGCCUGCUCUGGGCUUUCUCCUCCUCUCUGAACUACCCUUCCCCUGCCUCACCUCUGCCUUCUCCGUCUGCUUCCUCCUCCUCUCCCUCCGCUCUCGCAUGCACCUCUCCCUUCAUUUUUCCCUCUCUCUCUCCCUCCCUCUCUCCACCCUGCCCAGGCCUUGUCUCUUGUUCUUCCUCUCCCUGAUGCACUUCGGGGCCUUCCUGGGCUCCAUAGCUCUAUUCCAUGUCUUCCCCAGCCUCCCUGUCCUCCUCCUGUUCCCCCAGGGAAUGUUCAUCCUCCUCUGCCUCCUCCUCCCCUGCUCCUUCCUCCUCUUCUACUGCCAUGUACGACAAGACGCCAAACACAUCCAACGGCUGAGUGACGGCGAGGGAGAGGUAACAGGUUCACCAGUUAUGGUGGGGCGGCUGUCCCGGUGCCCAUUCGCUGAGGCUGAGGAGUGGAGAAGGGCAGCAAGGGCUGGAGUGGGAGGGGCUCUGUGCCUGUUAGGGUGUGGGGGGCUUCAGCUGUAUGGGAUGCUACAUGCAUUAGGGCUCGGAGGGGUGAGUGCUGGGGCAGGGUUCCAGCCCUGGCCUUGGUGGGCAUACCACCUGGGCUGCAGGCUCUGUGAGGUGGGGGUGUGUCUGUCCCUGUCAAUCAUCGGCACUCAGCCCCUCCUCUUCUGUUGCUCCAACUCUAACUCCUCCUCCCGGACUAAACUCAACACCAACACCUGUCAGGGGUCCUGGGCGCGGCUGCCCUGUGCCUCCCCGGCAGGAGGGCCUAUCCACCCACUUCCCCUCUCUCCCAUCCUCCCCCCUCACUACCCCUGGUCCCUUGGGCAGAAAGAGAAGCAGGUGGUGUGUGAUGUCAUCAGGAAGCGCCAGUCCGAAGCCCUCCCCCUCUACACACUAAUGGAACCCUCUUCAAAUGGACUGAACCUGCAUCCUAACCCUAACCCCAACCCCCACCCUGGCCAGACCAAAACCUCCAGACACCCCAACCUCCCUGAUCCUCCAAGCCCACCAGGGAGACUUCAAGCUGGGGUUGAGUCCCAGGGCUCCUCCCAGGGUAGUCUAUGUCUGGACACUGACUCCACAGUGGACCUCCACCCCCCCUCUCCCAUUGACCUGUCCCGCAGCAUAGACCAGGCCCUGUACAGCGAGACUCUGUUCCCUCACAGCCUUUUCAGCCCCUCCAGGCUGUUCCACGCCUCUUCCAGCCUCUCCUUGAACUCCCCUGGCUCCCACCACAGCCAGAGUGCCUCAUGGCCUGGAAACAGCUCAGCUGACAGUCCCCUCUACCGGACCUCUUCCUGUGGAGAUGUGGAUAUGUCUCCUACACGGCCUCCCCAGCCGGGAUGCAUUCUCCCAGGCCACAGCGAUCCCUGCUGUCCGCCUGAGUGCUGGUGGAGAGGUAGUAACUCCAGCUAUCUGUGCCAGGAGUCCCUGAGUGGGUCUUCCCAGGGUCUGUUCUCCAGCUCAGGGACAGGAGGGGCAUGGUCACACCCCCACACCACCAGAGGGCAGCCUUCCCAGAGCAGCCUGCCCAGGACACUCCCCCACCUUACCUAUCACAGACGUUACCGCACCCUCAGCUCGGCCUCUCAGGACAGUCGGGGAGAGGGGCGGCUGGAGGGCAGAGAAGACCUGAGUGAAAGCAGGUUGCUAGAACGGGAUACGGCCGUACAAGCGGAAUUCGUCAACGUGUGCCGACAGAUCGAUGCUCUUAGCGUGUGCAGUGACACUAUUGACCUGUAGGCAGAUGUUACAGGGUUUGAACCAUGCGUCAUCUAUGUGCCACAAGGAAGUAAGGAUAUGACAUGUAUAAUGCACAGAGAUUUUAUAUUGACCUUUAGUGAGAGCUAAGGACUUAACUAAUACGCUACACUUAGUGUUUGAGUGAUGUUAGCAUUCAGAUCAAGCAGCUUUUUCACUGCUACAACAGAAGUGCACAGAGGUAGAACUAACUAUCAGUUGCCGUUUUAUGGGGAUUCUACACAUAGAAAAUAGACUUAUAGAUAGUUAUGUUUGAUUAGUUAUAAGCUGUAUAUAACUGUACAGUUAGUUCCAAAAUGUGCUAAAUGAACAAUGAACUUACUGAAACAACCAAAGUAGAACUGAUUUGAAGAACUUUGAAUACGAAAUGUCAGUGUAGUGUUGAUGAUAACCAUACCAAUAUGCAAGAUCACAUUAUGCUUUAGUGCCAUCUACUGAGGGAGAGGGAACAUAAAGUGUAACUCAUACAUUAUAACUGUUUUUUAAUAAACCGUUUAUAAAGAAUUUACAACGGGUGUCCUACCACCAAGCAAUACAACCGUACCUGUUUAUGUUACAACAGCAGUAUAAACCAGGAGUUAUACUAGUGUUCAAGUGUCAAAUGCAGCCAUGGAACCCGAUACCAAAAGCAAAGAUCUCACUCAACGUUUUUAAUUUAAUUGAAAAACAGCUCAACCUGGGAUAUUUGAAACCCUUUCUCUACAAUGUGUAACGCGGUGUCAUACGGUGUAUAUAUCAUUGAAGACUGUGUAAAAUAUAGAGUAUACUAAACGUAAGGACACCUGCUCUUUCCAUGACAGACUGACCAGGUGAAUCCAGGUUAAAGUUAUGAUCCCUUAUUGAUGUAACUUGUUAAAUCCACUUCAGUCAGUGUUGAUGAAUGGGAGGAGACAGGUUAAAGAAGGAUUUUUAAGCCUUGAGAAAAUUGAGACAUGGAUAUGUGCCAUUCAGAGGGUGAAUGGCAAAAUAUAAGUACCUUUGAACGGGGUACUGUAGUAGGUGCCAGGCGCACCAAUUUGUGUCAAGAACUCUAACCUUGUUGGAUUUUUCAUGCUCAACAGUUUCCUGUGUGUGUCAAGAACGUUCCAUCACCCUGUGGAAUGCUUUCGACACCUUAUAGAGUCCAUGCCCUGACAAAUUAAGGAAUUUCUGAGGGCAAAAGUGGAGGGUGUAACUCAAUAUUAGGAAGGUGUUCCUAAUGUUUGGUAUACUCAGUAAAUGUUUUAUUGUAAAUACAAUGUACAUGGAAAAGAGUUCUACUGGUAUGUCAUGCAUCGUAGACGAGGUAUGACAAACAAAUUGUUUAUAAUGUUUGAAAAAAUUAUUAUUUCUAGUAAUACGAACACACAGUUGCAGACAAAUAUUGGCACCCUUGAAUUUUUCUUAAAUAUUUCCCGAUUUCUUCUAAAAUAAGAAUAACUUGUCUCCACACCUUUUUAUUGGAUUUUCAACAUUGCAGAACCACAUGAGUUAACUUAAGUUUACAAUUUGAAUGGAGAAAAUAAUGACAAAUGCCACAGGUUUUUGGUUUUGGAACCCGUGUGCAAGGCAUUUUUUAUUAGAUUUUUUUAUUUAACCAGGCAAGUCAGUUAAGAACAAAUUCUCAUUUACAAUGACGGCCUACCAGGGAACAGCGGGUUAACUGCCUUGUUCAGGUACAAAACAGCUCGGGGAUUCAAUCUAGUAACCUUUCGGUUACUGGCCCAACUCUAACCACUAGGCUACUUGCGGCACAUCACGAAAUAAGAUUAUCAGGUGUUUUGGAUCCAAUGUUCAACCCAGUGUCUCCGUUGAAGGUUGUGGGUCUCCCAGCAGCGACCCCAACACACAUUCAAAAAAGACCCAGGUUCAAGAACAGAUGCUGUUCUGGAGUGGGCAGCAUAGUCCAGAUCUGAAUCCCAUCCAUAAGCUAUGGCAAGAGCUGAAAACAGCUGUUGGUGGAAGGCACCCCUUAAAACAUAGAACAAUUUAAGCAAUUUGCUGCUGAAAAGAGAGCCACAUUGCCAGUAGAAAAGGUGCAGCAAACUCAUUGAUGACUACAAGUGCUUAUCUGCAGUUAUCUUGGCAAAAGGCUGUGCAACCAAGUAAUAGCUCCGGGAUGGCAAUCAUUUUGUUCAUGACGUUUGUCUUUAUUUUCUCAAUUAAAAUUGUGAACUUAUGUUUACAAAAAUAAAAUAGGUUCUGUAAUGAGGAAAAUCCAAUACGUUUUUUUUCAAUUUCAACUUAUUUGACAAUAAAUAGUAAUUCUUUAACAUUUUACUGCAGUGGGCUAAAUCAGGGUCACACAUGGUGAUUAUUGGUAGGCUUAAACAAAUCCACUUUGAAACAAAAGUAUAUACCACACACACAUGGUUAUGGGUUUGAAAAAUAAAGAAGACGCCUGUUUACCAUGUCAGAUAGAGUUGAAAUGUAUUCAAUUUUGAGUUUGCAUCCCAAUACUACACUUUAUAUGCAUCACAGAAGACUGAAAUAUAACAAAACUGUUUGACACAAUCAGAUUUUCGUUGUUGAAAAAUCGCAAAAACAUUCCACCCAUGAGGGCGCUUUGGUUAUUGACUGCAGGAAAGGGCUACGAAAGGUACCAAUAUAUUUGGCCGCAACUGUACAAUAAAUUCAGUAUGGUUGACACUCUAGUUGGACCUUUAUGGACUCUGACUGUAUACAUUGUCAUGAUCUAUAGGCCCUAUCACAGAGAGUUGUUUCAGUUGAACUACUUGUUUGCUCUGUAGUCAGCAGCAAUAGUUUACACAUGAAUGAAAUCUCAGUCCAUCUAGCCACAACUCUGUAGUGUAAGCCUUGAGUGUGGUUUGUUGCUAUUAAAACAGCUUUUCACAACUUUGGAUGAGACAAAUGGAGAGAGGAGGAAAUGAGUGAAAUAAUGAGGAAAGAAAGGGUAGGAAGGGAGUGUGUGAGAAAAACAAAGAUCACAUUGCCCUCUGCUGGUGUGGAAAAAGGAUAAUAUCACUAUGUCAGGAAUGACAUGGGCAGCAGCUGAUGUAAUGAUAUCAUGUAUCCUACUCAACAUACCGUUUUGGGAGUGUAACCACAACAUAGCAGAUACUGUACAUACACCAAAUAAGGAGAAUAGUAGAUAUUAUAUUCAAGUUAACUUCUUUAUUCUGGUUCAUGCAAUAGCAUGGUACAGCAUUAAGGAAUUAAAGUCUGAGGUUGAAAUCAACAGAGGUGUAAAAUACAAAGCAUGAUCAAAGAGUUAGCCAGCUAACUUCAGAAAGUUAUUUCAGAACAUUUAGUUACAUGUUUUACAAAUUGACAUGGUAUAAUUGACUCAAAAAACAACAAAAAAACAUAUCUAAAAAGUUUAGUUCUUAAUGAACAAGAAAUUCAGCCAUUUUUCUGGCUUUGAUCCUGAUUUGUAGUAUAUCCUCUGGAGAAAACAAAAACAACUUUUGUGCAACUUUCAUCACCUAAUGUUCACUUCACACAAAGAUUAAACACAACAAACUGGGAGAAGUUCUGUCAUUGCAGGUGGGUCACUCAUUUAACUGACAGCUAUACUGUUAUAAACUAGCUGCACGUCUUCUACAGGAAGGAAAUUAAAUCAUCUGUGUCAUCAGUAAAACUAUUCAUCAGUAAAAAACACAUUUCUUCACUCACUGCCACAGGGUAUUAGCAGUACAUUCACCCUGGUAAACAAGAUAUUUAAAGGUUGGUUUCCCAAACAGAUUCUCCAUUGAGCAUACUUUUUAGUCCAGGACUAGGCUUAACCCGUGUCUGGGCAACCAGACCUCAGUAUCAUAUAUGACUAGGUAUACAGUAUUAUAUUGUGGCCAACAUGUACAGUCCAUUCGGAAAGUAUUCAGACCAUUUGACUUUUUCCAAAUAUUGUUAUGUUACAACCUUAAUC